AAAAAGGAAACUCCAAUCGUUCAACCGUUUACCUUUCCACUUCCAAGUUGUGACUUACGCCCUUGAACCAUUUUUACCUUUUGCUGUCACUGUCACCGUCACUGUCACCGUCACCAUCAUUGUUACCGCUUCCCGUCCCGUCCACCCCCCCUGUUCCUCGUCCUCGUCCUCGUCACCGUCACCUCCACCUCGUUCUUCCUUCUUGCAUCUUUGGGAAUCUGCAAGUAUCAUUUCUUGUACUUCGCUUUCACCACUUUUUUUUCCCUUUUCUUAUCCAUACCAAGUACCUGAUUUUUUAUUUGAUACCCUCCCAUUUACAUAAACCACCCAAACGGCUGCCUGGUACCAACACACACGCCCAUCUUUAUUUCCCGAUUGUGGCCACCAAUACCAGGUCAUUCAUGCCGUAUCUAUGCCCUAUCGUUGAGGGGCGCUUUGAUUUCACCCACAAAAUCUUUGGCAAUUGUUUCCCCGUCAACCUCUAAUUAGCCGUUGGGCCCAGUCGGGCUCACAUAGUCUGCCACAAUGGGCUCCAAAGACCCCGAAGUCGAUGGGACCACUGAUGGUCGUCCACGAGAUCGGCGCCGCAGCAAGAACGAUCGAGAGCGAGAGAGGGACAAGGAGCGGGCCAAGGGGGAGAAAGAUGGCCAUCUUCAUCAUCAUAAAUCCCACCGCUCUAAGCACAAAUCCACUACUGAUGCCGAUUCCCAUACAUCAUCACACCGCCGUCAUCGAACAAAAGAGGAGAAAGAAAAAGAAAGAGAGAGAGAGCGAGAACGAGAACGAGAGAGAGAACGUGACCGACGAACAUCAUCAAUGAACGACUUAGUGCCCGAGCUCGCGAGAACCUCCAUUGCUAGCAGCAGAGUUAGCUUACCGUAUCCCACCUUCAGCAAGGCUCACAGUAAAGAAGCCGUACUUAGCCGCGAAGAUGUAGGCAACCCAACCUAUCACGAAGAGCCUCUCACCCCCGACACUACAGACCUUGGCUCUGGCAGCAAAAGGUCUAAAUCACCAGAUCCCUCAACUGGUAGGAAGAAUAUGCACAGAGAUGGUCGACCUCCUAGUCCCCCCGAGACAGACUUGUCGGAAGAGAAGAAGAGACGGGGCAAGACGUCCUCGGCGAGGUUAAGAGAGGACCAGGAUUCGGGCCUGGAAAGAUCCAAAUCGAGAAGAUCCAGUAUAUCUCGAUCCGGUUCGAAGCACGACGAUAAGUCAAAGAUAUCUAUGAAGUCUAAGGCUUCGAGCCUAGCCACUACCAUCCAGUCUCCUCCGGCCUAUCCACCACCCCCACCCCCACCGCCGCCUCCUCCUCCGCCACUGGGUGUAGAGGUUCGCUACGAUCACGAUGGUGCUUCUAGUUUGAGUGAUAGCAUAACUGUAGGAGCUCCGUCAACCACUACUUCCGUUCCGCCGAAGCGAACAGCCUCUGCGAGAACCCCAAGAGUUCACAGAGCUCCCAGCCCAAUCGAAGUCGAUUACUCGCCUGAAUCUGUACAGGACUCCUCACCGAAGACACCUACAGCUACGCCGCAGUUUCCACCCCAGGGAUUUCCAUACGAUAAGUUCGACUCUGGUAACAGACAUGAGGAACAACGUCAUAUUUCUUCAGCCACUCCGGCAAGUCAAGCGACGGACUUCGGACCUCCGCCUCCACCGCCGCCGCCGCCCCCUCCGUUGAACUUACAAGCUCCUCGAGUCGACUAUCUGCUUCAAUAUGGCGGUCUGCCACACCCCAUACCGAAGAAUUUCUUGUCAGUGAUUCCGCGCCAGAAUGGAACACGACCUUCCAACCCACCUCUAGCCGGUGCCGAGACUUUGUUUGCGCCUUUCUUCAACCUUUUAGAUCAAUACCUAUCGGUCAUGAACAAGCAAGGCUCGGUAGCAGUUGCGACAGGUCACAAAUCCGUAGCACGCCGAUUACUUGACCGAUUAGAAGAUGUGUUCUCUAGAGAUCUUCCUGCCGAGGGUUGCCCGUGUAUCAUGUGCGACCAGGCACCAGGUGAGCAUCGAGGAUUAGGCUGGGGUGAGGUAUUGGAACGGGUUGGGGGUAGGGUUGAAAUGCCUUCCUGGCCCCCCUUUGAUCUGGCUUCUCUAAGCGCGAAUGCCAUCGAGAGCGCAACGGACAUGCCUCCCAGACCAGCGUCUCCCAUCAAGUUGGACCCCGAUAUCGCCGAAGAGUUUAGGGGCCAUUACCUACGACAGUCCAAGAAGGUCAGGUCGGCGGUUGACCGAUGGAUGACCAACUGCGCCGAAGCACCUGCACCGGCGCCCUCCGAGAUUGACGACGAGACGUUGACUUUUGCCAUUCUCACCAAUCUUGAUCACGAGGAACGCCCGUACUUCAAUGCUCUACUCACCGGCGCCCGGGAACUACAACCUGCCGUACGAGCACCUACACCACUGCGCAAAGCCAGGUCAGAUUUCAUGAUCAAGACCGGCUUAGCCCUACAGCGACUUUAUCGCCUACCUCAGGCACCCCGUGACUCGGAGACGGCUGUGUUCCUGGUCAAAUAUCCUUCCCACCAUGAUCUCCUUGCCACUAUCACGGAUAUCAGCCCGGCAGAGUGGGAGAUUCUCAUCUCGGGCCGCUUCGAUGGCUUUUUGUGGUCCGGCGCCGAUGCUGAUGACGCGAUGGCGGCUAUGGCCGACAGCUCACCAUCUCGAGGUGCCACGCCCGCAAAUGCGUUCUCGCCCCGACCAUCUUCCCGAGGACCCAGCGGGGGAGUACGACAUACACCGAGUUUCGCAUCUCGGAGCACGACUCCAUUCUCCGGCAUGUACUCCCGUGGUGCAACACCGGCAUCCUUUAUAUCCCUGACAUCGUCUGCUGGACCGGGUCACAGUCGCCAACCUGUGUCUCACGACGAAGAAGUGGAAAUGGCCGCUCUGGCUGAGGUGGAAAGAGAAAUCUACCGGGGCAUGGAAACGCUCGAAGACGCAUUUGAGAAGCUUCACGAGCGUGCGGAAGUUGUGCGAAACGCUCUCCGACAGCGUAAUAACGGCUUACUGAUGAACCAACAAAACCGUCGUUCGGGAAGAAUCGAUGUUUUCCCGCAACUAUCAGGCAACUCGCAGGGCUCCGAGAGACCGCCGUGGGCCGUUGGAGACGACGAUGGUGUGGCGAGUGAGAGCGACUGGGGUGGCGAUGACAUCGACUUAGCUCCCGAGGACUCAGCAAGCAAUAUUUCGAGUUCGAGACAUAGACGUCCGAAGCGAAGAAACGAACGAAGAACCCCAGCUCCUAUCGAAGAAGACGACGAGGAAAAUUAAAUUUCACUAUCUCGACUGAUUACCUAGCAUGCACCGGGUUUAUAUUGGGGUCAGUUGGUUCUGCUGUUUUACUUCACGAACGUCACGAACGAACCGACCAAAAGUUCUCUGAUACCAUUUUCGACCUGAUUUCUUUUUCUUCUUCCUCUUUUCUACAUUGCAUUACGAGUGGCUACAUACAUGAGCCAGUUACGAGUUGAUUAUCAUGAUUCCAUGGAGGGACGGUUGAGUUGAUAAGGAGGGAGGGAGGGGGAGAAAGAGAGAGAAGGGCACAGGGCAUUAAAUCACGAUCUAAAAAAGGGAAUAAAUGAGUUUAACUGAGUGGAAGUGGUCAGCCAAUCUUCUAGCCGACUCAGGAAGCUCGGUCUAGUCAAGGGGCUUUUUUUUUCUACCUUUUUUUCUCUUCCAAACGGUUGAACCCUCAAAUUCUGGUCGUUUAUUUACCUACCUUACGAGGGGGUAGUUGACUCAGUACCCAUACCAUACGUUUACGUACAAUACAACAUUUGCAUGGGAUCGGAGUUUUAGCUUAUGUAUCCUUUUUUUUUUUUUUU